AAAGCCUGUGAUUGGACGAUAUUGCAGUUGCCGCGCUCUAUAUAAUUUUUGGCCUGGUCAUCGGUCAUCUAUUCCUACAGUGCAGUUGAUAUGUGUACCACAAUGGUGUUUGCAAAGAGGGAAAGCAGGCCAUUCACAUGAUAUACAGAUCAGUAUUAAUACGCAGGCGUCAGUCGGUAUUUGAAACCCUGUGUAGCGUUGCUUCGAAAGAGCUGUGAUGAAAAUACGAGAGAAUAGGUCUUUGUCUUCAAUAAUGAUUUACAGUCUAUGCCGGUGUGGGUACAUUUAGAGCAACCGUUUGAAUAAUUAGUCUAAAUGUGUGACGCGCGCUGUUACCGUGCGGUGCUUGAGGUCUGCACCUGUUCACUAACAUGCUGAAAGCCCGUGGUGAGUGCUCCAUCUGCGUAGGAAUCAUCACUUUUUGACAUUUUAAAGCCUUUCAUUUGCAUUAACUAGAGAGCGCGUUAUUUCUGCAGAGUAUUUACAGUAAGGUCUAGUUCAGCAAUUAUGCCAUGUAAGGCAAGCGAACGGCUUUGUUCAGACCAGUGAUAAUUAGCCUUUAGUUUCGUAAGGCGACGUUUGUGGACCAUCUGUGAAGAAGACAAGAGGAAUAGAUCGCCAUAGUGUGCAGUUCCGCGAUGCUCGGCCAGUCACCUCACCUUAUUGGAGGUAUCUUGUGGAUCCAGAAUCCAAUGAGAGCUGUCCACUGCAACCUGACCCAGAAUGGGAUGGACCACCAGAUGUGCCCGGACGAUGUGACCUCUCACCUGGAGGAGGAGCCUCUGGACCAGGGUGCCAUGCUGGACGACGACAGCCCCACCUAUCAGGACGUGAGCCCCGGGUACCAGCGCCGCUCACCGCCCCAGCGCUCCGUCUCCGAGUCAGAACUCUCACGUUCGGGGAACGUAAAGCUGUCCAAGCCGGUGGCCCUGUGGACCCAGCAGGACGUGUGCAAGUGGCUGAAGAAGCACUGCCCCAAGCAGCACCAGAUCUACAGUGACUCCUUCAAGCAGCAUGACAUCACAGGACGGGCUCUGAUGAGAUUGACGGACAGGAAGCUGGAGCGAAUGGGCAUCAUGCAGGAGGGCCAACGGCAGUACAUCCUCCAGCAGGUCCUGCAGCUCCGCGUCAGAGAGGAAGUCCGAACCCUGCAACUACUCACGCAAGCCUCUCUGGAGUGUUCUCCGUAGCCCGGGCGUUCCAGGACGCCAGCUGCCAAAAGGACCUAGUCUCCCUCGGACCUCCUACAUCUGACCCCCUCCCACCACCAAUCAGAGCUGUCCUGACCCCAACCUUCCUAACUCCACGAUUACAUUUACAUUUACAUUUAAGUCAUUUAGCAGAUGCUCUUAUCCAGAGAUUAACCUCAUGUUUUGUCCCAAAACCUCAAACCUUCACACAAGUAAAUUCAUUGGCUUGUCCGGUGACUUAUCAUAGACAUUCUAUCACUUUCUUGCCUUUAACAAAGCAUUCCCACUACAUUUGUCCCUACGCCACCCCAACUAUCCUACCCCUUUCUGUAGCCCAGGACAUUCUGAGAACAAGCAUCAAGAGCUGGACCACUUAUCAACCCUCAACCGACGAUCCAACCACAAAGACUCUGGUGAACAACGAUAAAACACACAUGUCAAAUAUGGCAUCAACUUGACAAAAACUUCUAUGAUAAUUCCUCCAUGGCCGUCCUAUGUGAAUACAACCCCCAGGAUACACCACUGAGCCGGUGUGUAACAUUCUGUUGACUUCUAAUGGUGACUUUAUAGACAUAUUGGGUACACCAGCCUUUCACUCUUACCCUCCGUCUUGAUUCUCUCGGUUUCUCUAGCGCACUGUCAUCACUGACUAUGUCGGCGCAGCGAGCGGGUGACACAUUUUGCACUUCGAUAUGUUCCCUUUCUCCUUCACUCUCUCUCCCUCUUUUUCCGACUAUUGUCUGCAUUGAUUCUGUGCAUUGUCAGUGUCUGGGCUUUGCCUGGUGAAAAUAUUGUCUUGGGUUGUCCUAUCUAUGUCCUCUGCCCUGCUCCACUCUCUCCCUCCCUCACUUUGUGGGUCGCUCCCUCAUCGAACCCUUCCAUGUGAGAGAACUUCACUGCGAAUACAUCCAGGUGUGGCAUGAAGAGAGAGAACCAGGUGAAAAGUAAACGACUGAUAACCUACAUGGGACAAUUGGUGGGUUGAGAGAUGUGGUUGAGAGAGAACCAGGCAAAUGCUUCUCUACUGAUGAAGAGAACAUAAAGAAGAAAAAGAUCACACUGAAGACCCCCCCCCCUCUCCAUUUUAAAUAUGAGCUGUAUUGAAAAUAGUGUAGAAAGGAAAAUGUGCAAAAAAACAUGUACCAUGUGCAAAAAAACAUGUACCAUGUGCAAAAAAACAUGUACCAUGUGCAAAAGAACAUGUACCAUGUGCAAAAAACAUGUACCAGGUGCAAAAAAACAUGUACCAUGUGCAAAAAAAAAAGCAUGUACCAUGUGCAAAAAAACAUGUACCGUGUGCAAAAAAACAUGUGCCGUGUGCAAAAAAACAAACCAUCCAAUGUCUGCCAAGUCUAUCAGAGACAUGGCAUUUAUCUCCCUCAUUGUUUUAUGACAAACUAACUCUUUGCUGUAACUGUUAAUGUGAAAUGGCCAUUCACUGUUAAUAUAAAGGCCUUUUACUGUACUUAGAAGCACUUGGAACUGUCAUGCCAACAAUCCCGUCAAUUGCUUGGGCCAUCGUCCACUAUAUGUGUGUUUUCAAACCCUGUAGCCAGUAUGCUGGCGUGGUUCCUAUUACCCAUGUAUCACUACCACUGUAGCAUGACCUAUUGUCACCAUUACAACAACUUCCUCUCUGUGAAUAGGAAUAAAUGGGGAUCCCCCAAAAAUAAAUGACUGUCAAUAAAUGGAAGUAGGGGAAUUCCAACCCUGGAGAAAGCCAUUGGUUUAGCUGAAUUGAAUUGCAACAUUGGGUCUUGUGUUACGAGUGUCCAUUGUUUGGAUUGAAGCUUGGCUUAUGCUGUGUAGUUGGUGGUUGGCCCAUUAGUAGCAAAUUUAAUAGUAUUGAUUAAACCUUCAGGACUCUGUAGACCUACAGGCCUGGAAUAGCCCAUCCCUGACAUUGGAGAGGUAAGGAAUGCUGAUACUUAGUCACAUGGGAUGAAGUCGUUCUUAGCUAAACACAAGUGGCUAUUUCAUGCUUCGGUGGAGAUCUGGUGUCAGUAUCUCUCUUGGCUAGUGGGGGCUGCCUGCCCUGCCUGCUGCCAGUUGGGGGACCUGGCAUCUUCUUUUCACAUCAUCUGGAUGUCGAUAGCCGAACUGGGAGAAGUAGUCUACAGUAUUAACCCACGGCGGUGUUUGGAUAAAGAAAAAAACAACUCCUGGAACUGUAACAUGGGCUGCUCCUUCCUGCCAACUAUUACUGGGCUGUAAAUGAGUUAUUUAGCAAAGGAAGUAUUAUGACUUUGUAUAUGGUAACUCACCAUGUGACUUUCAGGGCAUUUCGAACCUGGGUCCUGUUCAUUAGGGCACACCGGAACCAAAAGUUUUGCGACGGAAAACCAGACCGAGCGUUUCUUAUUGGACAAGUCCAGGUAGUCCCAUGUUUGAACCCAUUUUCUCCCGUUUGGUGCCUAAUGCACAUGACCAUGCCAGCUCUGCCAAGGUGCCCGAGGACUUGCCUGAACUGGCUAUUUCCACAAUCCCCUGAUGUAUUUUUUACGCUUUUGGAAUUUAUUCAUUGGCACUUUACUAGUGCACUGUUACUCAAGAGAAACCCUUACUUUCUUAUUGCACAAGACAAACCUUAGUACAUCACCCACACAUACAUGCAAAUGGAAGCAGACUUACAAGGAAUUAUGUGACUACACAGUCAGACAUUACAUUCACAGGUGUAUAUAAAUACAUAUGCCUAUAUUAUGCACGCACAAACACACAUAGGACACCGACACAUUAACACACUUAAACUAAUACAACUGUUAAAGGGAUAGUUUGGGAUUAUGUUUCCGAGUCCACUAUAAAGGAAGUUAGCAUUGGCUCGUGAAACUACCUCUAACUAGUUUAGGGCAAAGACUACAACCUAUCCCUUUACAGUUUUUCUCAAUCACGUACAAGCAGUUUUUGUGUCAGUGUUGGAACAUCUAUAGCAGAAAACCGCAAUGAUGAAAUGCUCAAAUACAUUUACAGAACUUCUGGUCAUAUCUUAGAUCACCAUUUUCAAAACGCUUCAUUCAAAUGUCAUCAGUGACUACAAAAUGUACUGUUACGUGUUCUGUUCACAUAAUAUCACACAAUUACGGCCCUGCUACACUAUAGCCAUCGGGCGUCUGUUGAGAAAAGGCUUCCUUUGAAAUCGAAGAAAGCUGCUUCACUGUCAGUGUUGCAUCACAUCCAAUGGCAGCAGCGCCCAAGCUCAAGAAUCGCCAUGGUGAAAUUGUUGAUGGCUGAUGCGCGACUUCAUUCUAUCUUGUGAAUUGAAAUAAUGAGAAAUAAAGUUGCUUUUGGUUGCAUAUGGCUUUGACUACACCACGGGUUCUUUUACGUUCACAAUGUCAACAAAAGCAACUUCCGUAAUUAGAGAACAGAUAAUAACGUAAUACAACUAAUAGGAACAGCUUAAUCAGUACUUCUGAAAAACUGGACAAAAGAUAUUGUACUUAGGCAUAAUUGAUGAAUACGGAACUGUACAUUUGGGGAAAAUAGAAUUAAGACGCUUUCAAAACAACGCGCUAUGUGACGCAACGCUGGUGGCAAAGCAACGAAAAGCUUAAAUCAGGAGAGAACUUUGUGCGAUUGUGUUCACUGUUUCCGGCAAUCCGUAUACUGCACACAAUUCUAAAUCACCCCAUCAGUGUCAUAUUAUGUAGCCCUAAAAUAUAUGGAAAGGUCUAGAUGACUGUUGGGACUGUCUAGUUGUUAUGACAUUAUUUUUGACAAUAUUGCAGACAUUCAGAGAUGCACAUAAUUAAGUAAUCAUGCGGCCUAUUCAUAUCAGUUGUGUUCCUCCACCUUACCAUAUUUCUAAUUGCGUAUGGUUUUUCUGUGAACCAAUGGAAAGUCUACAGAACAAUGAACAAACCAGCCUUUGUAUUGAGUACAUGGAAUUGGAUUGUGAUGAUACUGAUGAAUGAAUCGUGUGCACACAGUGCUUUUUUUUAUCAGGAUUAUUUGAUGAGUAUGAAAUUGUUUGGUGAAAUAUGCAUAAAAGGACAGGAAUUGCCCAUAACUCUGCACCUUUGGAUAGUUGUACUUCUACUUUUGAUCAUCAUGAUUUUGUGAUUGUAAAUCAAUAGUAUUGAUCUACUGGGAUUUGUAAAAGCCAGACUAACUUCCUGUUUUGUCUGCUCGGACUCAAAAGAGAAGUUUGGUUGCGUUCAUCUUUCUGUAGGUCGUGGUGUUCUUUUGAUGAAUCUAUUAGCAAUGUUGAUGGUAGGCUAUAAUAUCAUUUUGAUGAAUGUAUUUUAUGUUUUGAGAAGGCAACUACAUUUUUGAAAAGGCAUUUGACUCUUUUCCAAAAGUCCACGGAGUUCUGUGUCUGGUGAACACUGUUUUGAAAAUUGACAACAUUGUUCCAAAAAAUGCUUGAAAUCGAUUGAGAAAAACUAAUGUAUGAUUUUUGGCCAGUUUGACAGCAUGUUUUUUUUUUUUUUACUUUCUGGUGUUUUUUUUCAUGGAUAUCAAUGAAAUAUUAUAAACAUCUUAAUAAAUCUAUUAACCUGUA